AUGCCUUGGUGGGGGAAACCGAACGAUCCGAAGGAGCCCAAACCUGAGCCGUCCCCGGACGCCAACAGCCAAGAGAAGAAGGCCUUCGACCCAGACAAAUUGCCAGCUCGAGAAAAGCUACCUAAGCGGCUUCAAAAUAUUAUUGACAAGUCGGAUCAGGAUAGUCGCUUCUUUGACGAUGUUAUUGAUGGAUACGCUCCCGCAACCACCGACACCAAGCUUCGAUAUGCCGCCUAUGCUACCAGAUUACGAACCAUACUCUUGUCAGCGCACCGCUACGUCGCUUAUACAUCCGAUAUUGGUGAAUCGUUUCGACCGGUAGCACAUCCGAAACUCGUCCGCGCUGCAUAUGGUAUCUCUUGGCUCUAUAUACUUGGAGAUGUGUCUCACGAGGGAUAUCGAGCGUACUGGCACAACCAGCGUAUAUUGAAUCCCCAGCUUCAAUUAACGCCGCAUCAAGAAAAAAUCACUGGACUGUCAGCUGACAAUAGUUCAAACCUUGCACCAGGCGUCGUUAGCCCUCUAGAGGACUGGCGAACCGUUAUGGUCCAAAGAGGAAUCUUCCAAAGCAUUGCAAGUAUGGGUCUUCCGGCUUUUACGAUUCACAGUGUUGUGAGAUAUUCUGGGAGAGCCUUAAAAAAUGCGAAGAACGCUACUAUUCGCACAUGGGCCCCAAUUGGCCUUGGAUUAGCCGUGGUUCCGUUCUUACCGAAGAUGUUUGAUGAGCCGGUUGAGAACGCUGUAGAAUGGGUAUUCCACAAGGGAUUCGAGGCUGUUGGUGGAAAGAAAUACGUGGGAACCGCACCAGCUACCGGGCGUGAGGAUAUGCUCAACAAGCCGGUCAAGACUAAGACGGAAUGA